AUGGCCGACUCGCUGUUGGAGCUGCUGGCUCCGCACUUGGAUACACCACUGACUCCGGAUGCGACAACUACACAAUAUUUCAAUCGCUUGUCGACCCUGUCUCUGCAAACGCUCCAGGACACCGAACCCCAGUCCCUAGCACAAUCCUCCAACUCGACUCUUCUUUCCCUCCAGGCCCUGUCCAACCGCUCACACCGCACCUUUAUUUCCUCCGCCUAUCAUUUGUCCUCACUGCGCACCUCUAUCCCGCAAUUAAGUCGCGAGGCCCAACAGUUGCGUGAUGCCCUUCCGAAACUCGACGAGGAGGCUGUUGGCUUCUCCACCAAAUACAGCAAGAUCACUGAUAACCCUGCCAUGGAACGGCGAAAGAAGGCCAUGCAGUUAGCGCGAAAUGUCGACAGACUAUCUGAUAUCCUAGAAUUGCCGACUUUGCUGUCCACUGCCGUCUCGGCCGCGUCCGCCAACUCCGGCGCCGGCGCAGCCUCUACCACGUAUGCUUCCGCCCUCGACCUCCACGCGCACAUUAAACGACUUCAGACAUUAUAUCCCGAAUCGCCAUUAAUUCAAGAUGUGGUCGCCCAGGCAGAGGAUGCAAUGAAAGACAUGACAACCAACUUGAUUGCGGGGCUUCGGGCGCAGAAUCUCCGAUUAGCAGCUGGUAUGCGCACUGUGGGCUGGCUGCGACGAGUGGCUCCGGACCUGGAGACUCUUCAGAGCGAGGGGGCUGUUGGUACAGGAGAAGGAGCGCUGGGCGCCAUCUUUCUGAUCUGUCGCCUGGCCCACCUGGUCUCGACCCUGGAGGCUCUGGACCCGCUUCGGGAACUUGCAGACCAAGAAUCCGAAAGAAGAAUGAAUAGCAAGGAUAAAUCCGAGAACUGGUCAGAUGGUCAGCAAACUGAUCGUUAUUUGAAACGAUACAUCGAGAUCUUCCGAGAGCAGAGCUUCGCUAUCGUCUCGCUUUACAAGAACAUCUUCAGCUCCGAACAGUCUGACUCGGAGCCAGCAGUAUCAGGCCUCCGGGCUGCGGACCAAGCACGAUCACAGUCAAGUCGGCCAGACGACCCCUUACAACAUCUCCCCUCAGCUCUCGCCACAUUCCCACUGCAUCUGGUGCAACUACUUACCGAUACAAUGCGGAUGUAUCUUCCUAAUGUCCGGGAUCGCAGCUCACGAGAGUCUCUGCUUACGCAGCUUCUGUACUGUGCGGCUAGCCUAGGGCGCCUUGGGGGCGACUUUGGAAUGAUUCUGACCGAGCUAAGCGGGGAGGAGAUCACCUACGAGUGGGAGGAAGUGAUGCGCAAGCACCGGGCGCUGGCAGGGCGGCUGGAGCAACUGACCAGCCGAGUCUCCGUGCAUUAG